AUGUCGGAGCUGCAGAACCUGUCCAGCUCGGCGUCCGGCUUUGUCCAGAGGCUGACUUCCAGAUUUCCGCUGCAUGCGGAUCUCACUGGACCAGUGUUGCUGUCAGUGCAGGCGCUCGUUCACGGACUGCAGUUGCUGCACCGCCAUCUUUGGCAACAUCAGUCAGCCUCUGCUCUGGCUGCUUCCGCGGCAGGCGUUGCCGACGCCCCGCAGUCCCCCGCAAGCGAGCCUGGAGGUUUGCAGGCAGCGCUGGGACUGGAGGUGGAAGAGGCACUGGGCAAUCCGGAAGUCCUUUGCUGGUGGCUCCGCUGGACGACCCUCUCGCGUCGGCGCGCUUCCCUACAGGCUCCACCCCCGCACACUGCCUUGCAGAUGCUGCGAAGGCUGAGUGUCCUUCAGCAGGAGGACGAGGACCUUCGAGCCAAGGAGGACAUCGAUGCACUCACGCCCUUCAAGCUGGCAAAGGCAAAGAAGCCUGACGACGCGGAAGACGAGGAUGCCGGAAGGCAAGAAGCGCUCUUUCCAGGCGAGAACCAAGUCGAGGCCUUGGCGGCACUGGGUCUCAACGAGGAUGGCACGGCAGAGACCGACGGGGCCGAAGGUGAUGGUGUGGUCACUGGUGGCAGCAGCCUCUACGACCUUUGGUCGACCAGCAAGGUGGAGGCUGGAAAGAAAAGGGCGAAGACUUCGGACAGCCAAGGACAAGGUACAAAGUUCCAUUUGCAGCCGCAGCAGAUAGCUGAUAUCUGUGAUUUCAGUCUAGAAUGCUUCGGGGAGGAGGCUCUCGCCUUGCAGGAGGCAGAUGAGCUGCGCUUGGACUCGCUUGAUGCUUCCUUGGAAAUAUUCGUGCGUCUUUGUGUCUGUGGCCUGGCGAGUGAUCGCGCGACGACCACUCUUCUGCCAGCAGCGGUGGGCCAGCGGCUGUCCCCCUUGGUCAUGCUCAGACUCCUGCGGACCGCCAGACAGUUGCAGCCUGGGCCGAUGGUUCUGACGGAUGCGGAGAGCAUCGGGAAGAAGCGAACUGCAGCCGAAGCUCGGCGAAGCCUGCACUCAGCUGCUGCCUCUGCUUUCUAUGCCGAGAGUAGCCCGGCCAUUCUCUUGCAGCUGGCUGCCCCACUUGCGGCUUUGCUGACUCGGGUGCGUGAUCUUCUGGCGCAGUUCGAAGAGCAUCCGUCCCUUUUGGCCAUCGAAGGCCUCGUCGAGAAGAUGAUGGCCCUGAACCUGCUACAGACGACGCCGAUGGUCAUCGUGACAAUGUUGGAGCUGCUCCUUGGGCGAGUGGUUGUCUGGGAGGAAGCUGCAAGCCGCCAUGUCUCGCUGCAAGCGCAAACGCAACCGCUCAAGGCGCUUGUGGUCAGCUUGCGCGAGCGGCAGCUGCUGGAGUGGAAAGGCUUGCGGCAGAUUCGCGAGCGCUUCUGGGAGCGCAACAGCUCUAAGUGGUGGCUGCAUCUCAUCGGCUUGCUUUCAGAGGCCGCAGACUCCCGAAGUCUCGUCGAUGAGCUACUGCGCUUCAUGCGCACAGCCCCGCUUGGAGAGUUCCGCACCCGUCUACAAAUGCUUCGAGCGGCUGCGCGACUCCAGAUGGAGGCUGAAGGCAACACAAGCAUGGCGGGGCUUGUGGCGCAUCACGUGUGGAACUUCAGCCGGAAGUGGCUCCCGGCCAUCGAGAAGGAGCUCGCGAAAGCCCAGCAGGCCAUGGAGAAGGAAGUGCAGGACUUGGUCAAGAUUGUGCGCUGGGACCUGUCGAACUACCACGCUUUGAAGGACUCGGCAUCGCGCAGCCACCGCCAGCUGAGCCGGGCCAUCAAGCGCUUCGACGACAGCCUUCAAGAGCUGGUCGAUCUGGUCCUUUCCUCGGCCUCCUCGAGCGCCAAGCCGGCGCCUGCCCACCACAGCAGGAGGUUCACUGUCGAGGCUUUUGCCCUCGCGACGGCUGCGGAAAUGCCCUCUGGGCAGGUCAGUGGUCGAGUGAGCGACAGCGACGAGUUUUGGAGCGAUGCGCAAUCAGUUGUGGGAGCGCUGCCAUCGAUGCUCAGCAGUCUUGGUCGCAUGAUUGGACAACAGUUGCUCCCGGAUUCGUUUUGCCUGUCGGCGGCUGCAGGCUCCGGGGUCCUGGAGGUGGCUGAAGACCUGUGCUCCGAAACAGGGUCUGUGCUGGAGUCCCUGCAAGACCAAGAGACGACGCUUCCAGUGAAGCGCAGAAGGCUGCAUGGCCUCAAGGAGAUCUGCGCCAACUUCGGAUUUGUUCCACGCCCGGUGCAUGACUCCUCCUUCGACGUGGCCGAUUUCUUCUGCUCUCUGCUUGCCACGCCCUUCGCGGCAGAGGCGACGCAAAAGGAUGAGCCGAAAGACGACAACAACGAAGCCAAGCCAAGCCUGCAGCCGGAGCGACCCUUGAAGAGGCUGCGCACGAAGCAGAGACUUGCUGAACCGGUUCCUGCAGAGGAUCAGGCGGGGAGAUCUUUCCUGGACGACUUCAAAGCCGAAGUCGAGUGUUGCUGGGCCAGGACGGAUGACUUGACCUAUGAAAUUCUUCAUCUGGCUUUGCGUUUGCAUUCCACCAAGAGCCGGCCAAAAGAUCUGACAGCCGGUGAAAUGCAGGUUUGGCUUGGGCUGGCGGCAGCUUCCAUCCAAGCACUUCGAUGCCACCGCGAGCGGUGCGUGGCUUUUCACAACGUUGUGGCCCAGUUUGAAGACACAUGUAGUGUGAGCUUGGCGGAGGUGUCGCUGAAGGUGCCCAGCAAGAUGCUGCGAGCAACCUUCAUGCUGUUGGACCGACUCCUGGAAGGUGGCCAGCAAGCGCGGCUGGUGGGGAAGGCCCGCAAGGCAGGCUCCUGUGACGAGGCAAUGCAGGCGGCCAUCGCGAGCUUCGAGUCCACCGUGUCUUUUGUUCAUGGCUCGGAGGAGUUUCGAUGCUGUAGAGCUACCUCGGAUUUUUCAGCACAUCUGCAUGUCAAGGUGAGGUUCUUGCACAGCUUGAUUGCGAAGGCCAGUGCGGCCAUCAAGCAGAUGGAUGAAGGCCUCACCAGUGCCGCUGGGCUUGUACCCGCAUCGAUGGCAUCAUCGUUGAAGCGAUCUUGCAAGGACCUCGAGUCAAGCUUGUCUCAGCUGCAAGCCUGCUUGGAGCCUCCAGUGGCCCCUUCUGCAGAAGCUCUGCGACCUUUGCGCCUGCUUCUGCUGGCUGUGCAGCACACGCGCGAGGUGUACAGCUCAGAUCCAUCAAUCUCUAUGAGCGCAGCGACCAAACCGACUGGCAACGAAGCGGAGCAAGAAGAGGAAGCCCUUGCCGUGCCACAACUUGGGCUGGGACGCGAGAAGCAUCUGAAAGCUUUGUUGGAGAUCUUGCCCUUGUCGCAGAUCCACGAUGCUCUAGGGCAGCAUCUGGAGCAGCUUCCGAGCUCAUUCGUAUCUCCACUGGCACCCUUCUCCAGUCAGAUCUUGCAGCUGGCGAGGGCUUUGCUGCUUGGCGGGCUUCAGGCAGCCUUAGCGACGGCCGAGGUUUCGUUUGAGAUACUUCGGCUGGUGUGCUUCCUGAUGGAAAAAGGGCUCAACUCCAAAGAAGAGGAAGAGCAAGGGGAAGGGGAAGGGGAAGGUGGUACCGAGUGGCAGACGGGGACUGGCAUGGGCGAAGGAGAAGGCCUGAAGGAUGUCACUGAUGAGAUUGAGGACGAUGCGCAGCUUGAAGGCACGCGCAACGAGAAGCAGGAGCAGCAGCCUGAGCCGGAGCAGCCCAAGCAAAGUGAGGAUAAUGCCAGGGAGGUGGGCUUCGACCUGGACACAGAAGCCAAAGCCAUGCCGCAGGAGGAAGAUGAUAAGAACCAGGACGAGGAGAAGGACAAUGACGACGAGCAAGACCUUGAUCGCCAACAAGGCGAGGUAGAUCUUUCCAAGGGUGGGACUCUCGAUGAGAAGCUGUGGAAUGGCGAGGACGAGGACGACAAAGAUGACAAGGAAGAUGGUGAUGCACCCGAGGAGAAGGAGAAGGGACCGCAAGAGGACAUUGAGGCCCAUGGGGCGCAGGGUGAGGGCGAAGCGGACACGACUGCGAAGGACGAGAAUGACAGCAAGAGCAACCAAAAGCCGUCCGAAGACGACCGGAAGGCCGACAAGGAUGCCAAGGAUGUGCCGGAACAGGAGCCACAAGAGCCUGACAAGACGGAGUUCGAAGAUAAAGAUGCGCAGUUCGACGUCCAAAUGCAGCCUCAAGAGAGGGAUGGUGCCGAGGGCGAAGGUGAGGGCGAAGGCCAAGGUGAGGGCGAAGGGGAAGGUGAUGGAGAAGGGGAUGCUGACUCAGACUUUAUCAAGUCCGACAUCGAUAUGGACGGAGAUGGGGAUGGUGGUGACGACGGGGAAGGAUCAGAAGGAAGCAAGUGCGAAGAGGACAUCGGCGACCUGGAUGCCGCUGAUCCCGGCGUCCCAGAGGAGAAACCUCCAGACGAUGCUGGAGCUGAAGAGCAAGAAGGCAUCGAUCCUUGCGUGCAGGGAGAGCAGAAGCCUGACCAACAAGACCAGGAACAGCAGGACCAAGAUGGGGACAAAAAGCCGGAGAAUGUCGAUCCGUCCAAGGCGAAGCAGAAGGCGGCGGAGGAGAAGGUACCGGAGCCGCUGAAGCAGGGCGAUCCCGGCGCCAACCCCUCCGGCAAGGACACCACUGCGCCCCAACAGCAGCAGCAGGACGACCAGAUGUUCGGUGGAAGCACGGGUGAAGCUGCCAACUUCGAGUCCCAGGCGCAACAGGAUGCCCAAGAUGUCUCUGCCGGAGAUGAACGAGGAGGUUCAACAGCGACUGCAACGGACUCCAAGGGCGAUGCAGCCGAAAUGACAUCGGCCAAGCCACAAAAGUCGAGCGGUGCUGACAAGAAGCAGUCUCCAGCGAAGCCGAGCCCAGAUGUAGGGGCCAGCGAGGAGCGCCGGCUGCAGAAGCUGGACAUCCUGCGAGAGGCUGAUGGCGGAAACGAUGCCAUGGGCGACCAGCAAGAGGCGGGCGCCGAGCAGGGACUGCACCUUGCAGACCCCAAGAGUGGCCUCGAAGCCCUGGGCGAGUGCCAGGAUGCAGCAGGUGCGGACCAGAAGGCGAUGGGUGCCGAUGGGCAGGCAGAUGAGGAGAGUGAUGGCGAAGCCCCGGCAAUGGAGGAAGACACACCAGGGCAAGACCAAAACAAAAUGCUGCCUAAUAUGCGGCUUCAGGAGACGGAAGAUGCUCAAGCCAACGAGAAGUCAGGCGUGUCCAAAGACCUGUUGCAGACCGAAGUCGCGGACGAGGACAUGCAGCUCGAGGGCUUUCGUGGUGGCGUCAACUCUGUCCAAGCUGCACCGGGAGCGCUUGCGUCGGCACGGCAGGCAACCACGGAUGACAUGGACGUCGAUGAGGAAGGUGAAGGUGGCUGGAGGAAGAGGUCGGAACAUGAAGCUAUGCAGCUUUGGGGCCAGCUUGAGCGGAGCACAACCCCGCUUUCUGCCGCCCUCUGCGAGCAGCUGAGGACCAUCCUCGAGCCGACAUUGAAAGGCCGUUUGCAGGGCUACUUCCGGACUGGAAAGCGAAUAUCGAUGAGACGAGUCAUCCCCUUCAUUGCCUCCAACUAUCGCCGGGACAAGAUCUGGCUGCGGCGGACAAAGCCUUCGAAGCGGGAAUAUCAGAUCGUAGUGGCCAUCGACAACUCUCGCAGCAUGAAGGAGUGCGGCGUUGGCCCCAAUGCGCUGCAGACCCUCUGCGUCCUGUGCCAGGCAUUGGCCCAACUGGAAGUGGGCGAGUAUGCUGUUCUCGCUUUUGGCAGCGCAACUCCCCGCGUGCUUCUUCCUUUGGGCUCAGGGCAGUCCCAUGCCAACAGCUUCAGCUGGGCCCAAGCUGGUCCUCUGCUCCGGGAGUUCACGUUUGAGGAGGAAUCUGUCCAGAGCCACAACCGAAGUCUGGCGGAUCUCAUGCGCCUCAGCUCGGAGCUCUUCGAUGAGCGAAAUGGGCCAAAUCCUGCCCGACCUUUCAGCCAGAUGAGCAUCAUCAUCUCUGAUGGCCGUUUCAACAAGAACAAGGUGCGCCCGUGGGUGCAUGCUGCUCUGGCUCGGCAGCAGCUGCCCUUACUGAUCAUUGUCGAUGCCGAGUCUGAAACUCCGGCAGCGAACGCUUCCGGUUCUAAGCGGAGUGUUUUCGACCUGCGUGCCGUUUCCUAUGAGGGGGGCAACUGCCAGGUCGUGCCGUAUUUGUCAGACUUUCCAUUCCCCUACUAUGUGGUCGUGCAGGACUUGCAGACUCUGCCGGCUAUUCUCAGUGACGUGAUGAAGCAGUGGUUCGAGUUGGCGGCAAGCGCCUGA